UUAACUGUCCAAAAUGCAAAAAAUUAGGUUAACAAUAUCAAACAAACUGAACAAUGUUUUGAUGAAAAAUAAUGGGUUCAAAGUUUUAAAAAAUAUAUCUGCUAUUCUGGACGGUGAAAAUACAACAAGACGUAGUGAUGGUAUACCGGAAGACCAAAAUUUAAAUGAUAUGGUUCAUUUCAAAUAUGCCCCUGUUACUUCUGUGGACGUUGGACGAAGUUUUUCUUCAUAUAAAAACAUUUUAUGUGACCACCAUCGCGGUUCAUCUAAUUGUACAAUGCAAUUAUAUGUGUACAGAAUGAUUAUAUCAGGAAGCGGUUACAUUCACAAGUCUAUUAUGUUCAUAAUUAAUAAUUAAUAAUAAUAUUUAUUUUUAAAAUAAAUUUUUUUCACUCGUCUAAGUACAUAUUUU